UUAACGAAGCUUUUUAAAAAAAAUCCUUUUCAAGGCUACAUGAAAUGAGAGCAGUCUGCUCUGCGUGACUCAGCAGUUUGUGCAGAAAUACCUGGUUAACAACCGUUUUGAUGUAGUUUUUUCUACCUACUACAAUAACCGCAGGCGCCGCGUCAAGCUAUCCCGCCCAUAAGCGUCACCGAUUCAAAUUGCAGCCGAGGCAGGCAGAGGGGGAGAAAACGUAGAGCCAGGCUGAUCACACACACUCACUCACACACACUCUGAGGCAGAGGCAGGGAUAGGGACACACAGAAGCGAGUCAGAGGCUUGGGGAUCCUUCACUGGUUUUUCACUUGUAUGAACACAACCGUAGACCCCCACAGGAUCUAAAGAUGUGGACAGAAGUCGGAAAGCUUGUGCUAUUACAUUUGUUACUCAUGGAGCUUCAUUGCGCUAAAGGAACUCAUACGGAGUCGGAGUGUGAAACCGGGCAGUUUCAGUGCAAGAACGGACGGUGCAUCCCGACCCUGUGGAGAUGUGAUGAUGAUGAUGACUGCUCGGACAGCAGCGACGAGGAGAACUGUCCAAAGAAGACGUGUGCGACCACAGACUUCGCCUGUAAGAACGGACAGUGUGUUCCUGCUAGGUGGCGCUGCGAUGGAGAACCGGAGUGUGCAGACGGUUCAGACGAAGCUGAUGCAAUCUGCAGCCGACAGACCUGUCCACCAGAGAAGUUUGAUUGCGGUGGGGCUGCCAGCAAAUGUGUUUCGUUGUCAUGGCGAUGCGAUGGAGAGCGGGACUGUGAGAACGGAGCAGAUGAGGAGCAGUGUGCUGCAGAUGCCAAGGCCUGCCCCUCCAAAGAUUUCCAGUGCCGUAACGGGAAGUGUGUGGCGCCAAUCUUUGUGUGUGAUGGCGAUGACGACUGUGGGGACGCCAGCGACGAGGAGAAGUGCACGGCUCCCACCUGCGGCCAGCACGAGUUCCGCUGCAAUGAUUCUGAGUGCAUUCCCGCCCUGUGGAGUUGCGACGGUGACCCGGACUGCAAGGACAAAUCAGACGAGUCCAUGGAGCGCUGCAGCCGGAGGACCGAGCCCCAGAAACCACGCUGCCCUGUGGGCGAGUUCCAGUGCGGGAGCGGCGAGUGUGUCCACAUGAACUGGAAGUGUGAUGGAGACGCAGACUGCAAAGAUAAAUCAGAUGAGGCAAAUUGUACCUUGCAUACGUGUCGACCUGAUGAGUUCCAGUGUGGUGACGGAUCCUGUAUCCACGGCACCAAACAGUGUAAUAAAGUUCACGACUGUCCUGACUACAGUGAUGAAGCCGGCUGCAUCAACGUUACAAAGUGUGACGGACCAAGAAAGUUCCGCUGUAAGAACGGGGAGUGUAUUGACAGCAGCAAGGUGUGUGACAAUGUGAAAGAUUGCAAGGACUGGUCUGAUGAACCAAUGAAGGAGUGUGGUCUAAACGAGUGCGCAGACAACAAUGGUGGCUGCUCCCACAUCUGCAGGGACCGGAGAAUUGGUUAUGAGUGUGACUGUCCCUCUGGGUACAAACUCCUGGACAAGAAGACUUGUGGAGACAUUGAUGAAUGUGAGAACUCAGAUGCCUGCAGUCAGAUCUGCAUCAACUACAAAGGAGAUUACAAGUGUGAAUGUUACGAAGGCUACGAGAUGGACCCUGCCUCUAAGACCUGCAAGGCCGUGGGAAAGAGUCCGUACCUGAUGUUUACCAACCGUCAUGAGAUCCGUCGCAUUGACCUGCUGAAGAAUGAAUACAUGCAGGUGGUUCCUACGCUGAAGAACGCAGUGGCCCUUGAUGUAGACGUGUCCACAAACAAAAUGUUUUGGUGUGAUCUAUAUCAUCGUAAAAUAUACAGUGCUUACAUCAACAAGGCCAGUGAUUCAUCGCAGCAGGUGACUCUCAUUGACUCCCUCAACUCCCCCGAGGGUCUUGCUGUCGACUGGGUCCACAAGAACAUCUACUGGACCGACUCGGGCAACAAGAGCAUCUCCGUCGCCACAGGAGAUGGCAGGAAGAGAAAAGUGCUGAUAGCCACUGAGCUGAGCGAACCACGGGCCAUCGCAGUGGAUCCACACCAAGGGUUUAUGUAUUGGUCUGACUGGGGAGGUCAGGCCAAAAUUGAGAAGUCUGGAUUGAACGGAGUGGACCGACAAGUUCUGGUGUCCGAACACAUCGAGUGGCCCAAUGGAAUCACCUUGGACUUGUCUAACAGGCGUCUCUACUGGGUUGACUCCAAGCUGCACCUGUUGUCCAGUGUGGAUCUGAAUGGAGACAACCGCAAAGUGCUUCUGUCAUCUCAUCACCACCUGGGACACCCGUUCGCUCUCACUGUGUUCGAGGACCGCAUAUAUUGGACAGACUUGGAGGAUGAAGCAAUAUACAGUGCCAACAGACUGACGGGACACGAUGUGGCAAAAGUGGCAGAACACCUCAACAACCCCCUGGACCUGGUGGUGUUUCAUGAACAGAGGCAGCCCAAGGCCCCUGAUACCUGUAACAUGGGCAGUCUGCCUAACGGUGGCUGUGAAUACCUCUGCCUGAAGGCUCCACAGAUCACAGACCACUCUCCCAAGUAUACCUGUGCCUGCCCUGAUGGCAUGGAGCUAGGACCAGACAUGAGGCGCUGUGCUAUAGUUCGACCCAGAACAACCACAACAGCUGCUCCAACCAUCACCACCACCACAACUCCCACCACAACCACGACAACAAGCACUACAACAACUAGCACAACCGUUACCACCACCAUGACACCCCCUCCCACCACGACCAAAAGUACCACUACCACCUCUGCUGCUACAACACAGAGACCGACAACCAGACGCCUGAAAACAACACCCACUCCUCCCAGGAGCACCUCUACGGAGCAGCCUCGGAACCCCGCUGCCACGAGUACAGAGACGACCAGUUUCAGCAGCACAAGUCAGAUGUCCACUUCCACACACACACCUUUACUGGGCCCAGUGCCCCCCAACAGCAUUCAGAGAGAGAGCAAUGGUAACCUCUCCCACAGAGCUGCAAGUGAUCACUACCUCAUAGGUAACAACAUCACAGUUGCUGUUCUGGGGAUAGUCAUUCCUAUCGUCCCUAUCCUUGCCACAGUGGUCAUCGGAUUACUCUGCACCGGCGGAUACCUGGUUUGGCGCAACUGGCGGCGCAAGAACACCAAGAGCAUGAACUUCGACAACCCCGUUUACCGCAAAACCACGGAGGAUGACGACGACGAAAUCCACAUCGGCCGACACAGCGAGUCCAUCGGUCACGUGUACCCAGCAGUGAGUGGCAGCCACAGUCAGCCAUUCAUAGCGCUUCCCCUAGGGGCCGGUGUCACAGACAGCAACUCUCACUGGUACUCAGGGGCACCGAUGCUCUCCAGUGGCAAAUGAAAGAAGCCACAGAGGAAAGGAAGGAGUUUUGAAUAUUUGGGAUAUGGGAGUAUGCGUAAGGGGUUUGGAAAAUCCCUGUUUCUUGUUCAUGUUGGCCUGGAAAGAAAGAACAGGCUUGCACACGCCCACGUUCUCACACAUCAUUUUUGCAGUAAUCACUAAAAACACCAACCAUACACAGACAUAAGCCCUUCACCAGCGCAUCACGUUCACAUUUAUUUCAUGUCCAUAGUCAUACAGUACAUUUGUUUUAUCAACAUUACUCUUGUUGCCAACCUGCCAUCCCAUCUAUUUGUAUAUUGUGUUUUUUGGUUGUCGAAGUGUUUGUCCUGUUACUAGGAGACAUGUUUCUCCUUACACAGACACAUAUCAUGUUUGUUUACAGAAGCAGCUGAUGCAAAAGUUUAACAUUUUUCAACACAGUCACUAGACAAUAAUAGGAAACUACCAGAAAUACUAGAAAAUGUGUUCCACAAGGUAGCAUCCUUCAGAGAGGACUAUUGUGGAUGUUUCUUUAUGUUUGCUGUUAAAAAUGAUAGCAAAGGGUCAUCCAGACAUUAGAGAGACAUUGAGGCUUAAAUAAUUACUGCUCUUGAUGCAGUAUGUAUGAAGAUGCAUGAUGAGGCGAGCCCUGCAGUCACGUCUGUUUAUAAGUAGAACAAAAAUGAUUUUAGACACCAUUGAGAAGCUUUAUACUGCUUUAAAAUCACCUGAUUGAAAGGACAGCAGACCAUUGACAUUUGACACUGGAGAGUGACAUCAGGCCAUUGCCAUUAAUGUGAAUUUCAUAUUUUAGUGUAAAAAAAGAAGAAUGAAGAAUAAAAGAGGAAGCACAAAUCAGAACCAAGGACAGCCCAAAAUACAAUUCCUCCUCAAAACAUGAACGAACAUCCAUCCUUUUCAGGAGUUGCAGACCCUGUUGACUUUGCCUUGAUGCAGAUGCAUUUUUGAGAGACACUUGUUGGAUAAAAAACCUGCAUUUUCUAUAAACUCUGGAAACAAUGUCAGCUAUGAUUUGCACCCAAAUGCAUUUCAAUCGUAUAAAGAGUUUGUCAUCAGGACACUCCUGACAUUUAUUUACGUCCGUGUAAAGCUAAAAUAAAUCUGUGUUCUGAGUUUGUCAGACUAAAGAAGAAAGUGUUACUAACCACCCGGACAAAUUUGAAUCAUCAAAAAUAACAAGUUUAUGAAAUUAGGUGUCAAAAUCAGGUAAAAAUGAGCAGUAUUCUCAGCUCCAGGACUGUCGGGGUGUGUCCACUGAAUGUGCUGAAGCCAUGCCCACUCAGCGGAGCAGAGCACAAUAUGCAAAUUUUAUGUUAAUGUUCACUGCGUGACAUCACGCAAUCUUGUUUUGGGACUGUAACAAGCACAAUAUGGAUGCUACAGCUAGCAGUAUUAUUGGUAUUGGUCAGCCCUAUAUGUUUGAGACACCAGAACCACAACCUAUACCGUUAAGGCUUCUAUACCGUUGCGGUAGGGGGCGGGGCUAUGCUAGCUUUAUGUUAAUGAUCACCGCGUGAUGUCACACAUCCUCGUUUUAGGGCCGCCCCCAAAAUCCUGCACUGAAAACUGGUGAAAAACUGUGUGAACCUUUAACUCCACAUUUCAGUAAUACAUCGUUCAAAGUCUUUUCACACGUUUUCAGCAACUAUUUUCCAACAUAUUUAUUGUGUUUUGAAAGAAAACAUGGAAUUGCCUUUACACGGACUUUAAAUAUAUUUGUUGCUUCACGUAAAGCAAGCAGGGUAGGGCAGCCAAAAAGGAUUAUGGGGUGGGGGUUGGAGUCUAGCGCUUUGAUCGGUUGGCAUGGUAACACAGCUUUCUUUGUGUUGCUCCAGAGAAAAAGGAGGCAAGGAAUUCUGGGUAUCACUGGCAUGAUGACAGGCUGGGAACACACACUCACACACACACGAAACAGGUGCACGACUGAGUCAUAUUAAGAUUCAAGGUCGAAUUAACCACCCUCAGUGAAGGGCUGCACAGAGGCAACUGUACUCUCUCCCUCUCUCUCUUGUCUCACAGUUCUAUUCUGAAUAUGUUCAAAUCUCUUUUAUUGUCUUUUAAUUUAUUUACUUGUUUUCUUCCUCUCCUUUCCUUUCCUUUCGUGGCAACGUGGCAACUCAGACAGCCAGAGAAACCGGGCUGGCAUUAUGUGGGCCAGACAUUUGCAGCCCUAGGCAGGCAUACUGCAUUCCUCACAUAGGAGCAGCCAGAGAAGAAGGGAAUGAACAAGGGGGCGAAAGAGGGGGGAAUUGGAAAGAGGAGAAGAGGAAGGUCAGGGAGAAGUGAAGAUGGAAGGAGUAGGAGAAUGGAUUAUAUAUGAACCUUUCUUUUCUGGGUGCUGUCUAGACUUAAAUCUCUCUUUUUCCUCCUGAGUUCUUCCUUUGUUCUCUGUCCAUCAUGCUGCUUUCUCUGUUUCCCAUCUCACCUCUCUCUCUCUCUCUCUCUUUCUGUCUCUCUCUCUCUCUCUCCCCUUCACCAGCCCACUGUGGUAACAGUCUUUUUAUCUGCUGUUUGCAGCGCGUGGCACUCAGUCUGGAGGAUGAUGGCUAUCCCUGAGGGGGGGAUGCGUCCUGUCCCCCCUUACCCAUCCCCUACACAGCCUCUACACCACUACAAUGAGGCCAGUACAACGCAGACGAGAAAGAGAAGGAGUCCUCACUUUGCCUCCCCUUUUAAGGAGCAGGGAUGACAUGUACAUGUACUGUACUUCAAAUUCCUACUUUCUCCAUUGGAGUAACAUUACUACCACUACUAGCUACUACUACUUCCAUUAGUGCUAGUUUAUUUGUAGUCUCUGCUCCACUCCUCUCUUCUCUCUGCCUCUUGUUAGCUGUAGUGGUGUGUCAAAUGCUGCUUGAUGAUUUUGUUCACACUAACCUCAUUUGGCUGUCUCAGUGCACAUUGUAAAUAGACGGCUGUCUGGCCACAGAACAAGGGGAAAAAGUUGGCAUGCAUUCUUUUUAAUUCCUCAUAUUAUGACUUUUUUAUUUAUUUGUAUGUGUUUGCUGUUGUAAAUAUGAAAUCAGCAUUUCUCAGUGCGCAGUACUAAAGGCAGAUUUGUUCAAGUUUGCAAGGAUAGAUAGUAGUAGGCAACAAUGUUAUUUUUCUUCAUAGUUCCCUUUACAUCUUGAGUUGACAGAUUUAAAAAAAAAAAA